AUGGACGCAGGCAAACCUCAACGUCUAGAUGUGGCCAUAAUUGGAGCAGGAUGGUACGGACUUGUAACGGCUCGCACAUAUCUACGACUUCGACCAGCUACCAAACUCCUUAUUGUUGACUCUGAAGAUACUGUUGGAGGAGUUUGGAGCAAAAACCGGUUAUAUCCAGGCUUGGUUGCCCAGGUAUCAGUCGGGUUUUUCAACUACUCUGACACCCCAAUGUCACCUAAUAACGAACAUUCCAACGAUCCACGUGUAACUGGCGAGAUGAUUUAUGAUUACCUACAGAAAUAUGCUGAUGACCACGAUCUACUUCGUCGCAUUCGUUUGAAAACUUUCGUCCGGAAUGCUACUCGUCUCCAGGAUGGAGGUUGGCGCCUUUAUUUUCGCAAUUGCCUGGAUAUAAUAGAGACAGACAAGCUUAUAGUCGCGACUGGAAUUACCUCAAUCCCUAACAUGCCCACGCUUGACGAAGAUUGCAAUGAUGGUUCCGUGCCUACAUUACAUGCCCGAGAUCUUGGCAACGCUCUCUCCAUGAUCCGUGACAAAGACGAAAUCCAAGAAAUAGCGGUAGUUGGUGCAGCGAAAUCGGCCUGUGAUGCGGUUUAUUCGCUUCUGAACAUGGGGAAGAGGGUGAAAUGGCUAAUACGGGAAGAAGGAGCAGGUCCGAUAGCGAUUCUUCCAUCGAAUCUUAUAGGAGGAGUCCAUUGCAUCGCCUUGACUUCCACCAGACUCAUGUCAUACCUGAGUCCCUCCAUUCUUAACUGCCAGGGAUUACUAUAUAGAGCCUUUCAAAAAUCGUCACUAGGUAGAUGGUUUAUUACAAGGUUCUGGGAGUUGCUUGGCACCAUUAGCUAUAAAAAUGCUGGCUAUGAUCAGGGUGAUCAUGUCAAAAUGCUUGAGCCAGAGUUUGGGCGGCAAGGUGUAUUUUGGUGCCAUUCUGGACUUGGGAUCAUCACAGCUCCUAAUUUCUGGCCUACUUUACAUAGCCCAGCCUUGACGGUAUUACGUGACCGAAUCAAGUCAAUUAAUAAGGGUACUGUGCACCUGCAGAAACCAGAUUCAACACCUUUCCAUAGUGAUUUUAUGCUCAUGUGUACCGGCUGGGGUGACCAUUUUUCCAUGUUUGAUGCUCCUCACAAAAAACUCAUCGGCCUUCCCACUUACCAAACUUGCUGCGAUGCAUUGCUUCCAAUUGACUAUGAACAAGGGACUCUCAGGGACCAGGAGAUUGACUGGAUCUCUCAUGAAGCUGUUGCCGACAGAAUAGUACAGCAGAAACUCCCACUUCUCACCGCGACUUUUGAAAUAGGCCAUAAAAAGCGUUUGGAUCCACAUCGGCAAAGAAAAUGGAGACUAUAUCGCCGAGUAAUUCCUGUUGAACUAGCAGCAAAAGGCGAUCGCUCAAUUGCUAUCUUAGGUCAGAUUCACACAGCACAAACGCCUCUAGUUGCAGAAAUACAGUCCUUCUGGGCAGUUCUAUACCUGCUUGGGGAAAUUGAGAUUCCCAGUAUAGAUGUGAUGGCAAAAGAGGUGGCCUUGUGGAAUGCUUGGACUCGAAUGCGAUACCUGAAUCAGGGCCAGGUAUCUCCGUACUCUCUCUAUGACUUUUUGCCUUACAUCGACUUAUUGUUCCAAGACCUGGGGCUCAAGAGUCGGCGUAAGAGCAACCCAAUUUCCGAGUUCUUUAGUCCAUAUUCACCACGUGACUUUAAUGGCUUUAUUGAUGAAUAUUUACAACUAAAGCAGGAAGCAAAACAGUGA